GCCGCCGCCGCUCCGCCGAGCCGCCAUGGCCUCUCGGAACGAGCGGGCGCGCCGCGACCGCGCCGCGCGCCGCCAGACCGAGCUCGAGAAGAUCCGGCGCAAGUACGUGCCGGGCGACUCGUUCAGCUCUGGCUCGCCGCCGAGCGCGCCCAGCCCGGCGUCAGCGCGCCCGCCGCCGGCCGCGCGCCGCCAGGACAACCAGAUCGUGCGCCAUGGCUUCCCGCACCAGCCGACAGCACUGGCGUUCGACCCGGUACAAAAGCUGCUGGCCAUCGGUACCAAGACCGGAUCGCUGCGACUUCUGGGCCGGCCCGGAGUGGACAUCCACGUGCGUCACGACGGAGACCCGGCCGUCCUUCAGAUCGCGUUCCUGGUGAACGAGGGCGCGCUGGUGACGGCCUGCACCGACGACACGCUCAACAUGUGGAACAUCCGCCAGAAGAUUCCCGAGGUGGUGCACACGCUCAAGUUUCAGCGCGAGCGGACGACGUGCAUCAGUCUGCCGCUGCAGAGCAAGUGGCUGUACGUGGGCACCGAGAAGGGAAACGUGCACAUCGUCAACAUCGAGUCGUUCGUCGUCUCCGGCUACAUUAUCAACUGGAACAAGGCCAUCGAACUGUCGAGGAAAAACCACCCGGGCCCGGUCACCUGUCUGGUCGACAACCCCGUGGACAGCAACAAGCUGCUGAUUGGGUUCGAGACGGGCCUGCUGGUGCUCUGGGACCUGCGCACCAAGGCCGCCGACGUGCGGUGGCAGUCGGCCGAGCCGCUCCGCUCCGUCUGCUGGCUCUCCGACGGCAAGCAGUUCAUGUCCUCCCACGCCGACGGCUCGCUCUGUACGUGGAGCGUUAAGACGCCGCAGCGGCCGGUGGCCACCCAGUUCCCGCACGCCAAGACACGGGAAAACGGCCAGCAGGAGCCCUGCAAGGCCAUCCAGAAGGUCUCCUGGCUCUCCACCAGGGCGGGGCUGCUGGCGUCUCUGAGCCCGCUCGCCGGCUGGCGCGAGGAGGAAGAAAGUGAGCCGUACGUGAUCUUCACGGGCGGCCUGGGCCACGACACUGCCGGCCGGACCCCGAGCGUCACCGUGAUGCACGGACGCACCACCACAGUGCUGGAGAUGGAGCACAACGUGGUCGACUUCAUCGCGCUCGUCGACACCCCCUACCCCAGCGAGUUCCAGGACCCGUACGGCAUCGUGGUGCUGCUGCAGAACGACCUGGUGGUGGUGGACCUGACGUCGCCGGGCUACCCGUGCUUCGAGAACCCCUACCCGAUGGAUCUGCACGGCUCGACGGUCACCAGCUGCACCUAUCUGGCCGACUGUCCGGGCGACCUGGUGCCGGCCCUCUACAGCGUCGGCACCGCCAAACAAAACAGGUACGACCUGGGCACCGCCAAACAAAACAGGUACGACCUGGGCACCGUCAAACAAAACAGGUACGACCUGGGCACCGCCAAACAAAACAGGUACGACCUGGGCACCGCCAAACAAAACAGGUACGACCUGGGCACCGCCAAACAAAGCAGGUACGACCUGGGCACCGCCAAACAAAACAGGUGCGACCUGGGCACCGCCAAACAAAACAGGUACGACAUGGGCACCGCCAAACAAAACAGGUACGACCUGGGCACCGCCAAACAAAACAGGUAUGACCUGGGCAACAGGUACGACCUGGGCACCGCCAAACAAAACAGGUACGACCUGGGCACCGCCAAACAAAACAGGUACGACCUGUGCACCGCCAAACAAAACAGGUACGACCUGGGCACCGCCAAACAAAACAGACGAAUGGAUAAGGUGACAUUUGACGCCGUCAACUCUGGUCCGUCGCUCUCCGCUGUGAUCAAUGCCCGCGUCUCGGGGUCGCUGUACUCGGCGCACCUCAAUUAG